GAGAGCGGAAGUCAUUGACGACAGCAGCGAAAGGUUCACGUUACUUGAGGAACACUAAAGAAAGGAGGAAAAGCGGGUAGCGGGAUAUCAACACUGAAUUUAUUCAGAAAAGGCGUCAUAUAAUCUACAUACGCUGGUAUCUCACUAUUCAUCUCCCCUCUGAAGCCUCUGGCGAAGUUCAUCGUGGAAUGUGCUGGCAGCAGUGAACGGUUCAGCGGCAGCGGUGCCAACAGCCGUCGUCCCAUGAGUUUUCUUUUGGCCUGAGCUGUCUGCUUUGGGCUCCGGCCUGGUUCGUCUGGAUCUCUGUGCCUCCGGCGCCGCAGUCAUGGAUCACCCCAGAGAGAAGGAGGGUGAGAGGCCGGUGAGGAGCAGUAAAGUGGCCCAGGGGCGCAGCGGGCACUCGCGGCCCUCCAGCUCCGCAUCCUCGGGGGUCCUCAUGGUGGGACCAAACUUCAGAGUUGGCAAGAAGAUCGGCUGUGGCAACUUUGGAGAGCUGAAGCUCGGAAAGAAUCUCUAUACCAAUGAGUACGUUGCAAUAAAGUUGGAACCUGUGAAAUCGAGGGCCCCACAGCUUCAUUUGGAGUACCGGUUCUACAAAACAUUAGGCAGUUCUGUAGAGGGUCUGCCUCAGGUCUUCUAUUUUGGGCCCUGUGGGAAAUACAACGCCAUGGUCCUGGAGCUGCUCGGCCCCAGUCUUGAGGAUCUCUUUGACCUGUGUGACCGAACAUUCUCCCUCAAGACCGUCCUGAUGAUCGCCAUUCAGCUGAUUUCCCGCAUGGAAUAUGUGCACUCUAAAAACCUCAUCUAUAGGGACGUGAAGCCAGAGAACUUUCUCAUCGGUCGGCAAGGAAACAAGAAGGAGCACAUCAUUCACAUCAUAGACUUUGGCCUUGCGAAAGAAUACAUUGACCCAGAAACCAAAAAACACAUUCCUUACCGGGAGCACAAGAGCCUUACGGGCACCGCUCGAUACAUGUCUAUUAAUACACACUUAGGGAAAGAGCAAAGUCGGAGGGAUGACCUUGAGGCCUUGGGUCACAUGUUCAUGUAUUUCCUCCGGGGUAGUCUCCCCUGGCAGGGACUUAAAGCUGACACACUAAAAGAACGCUACCAGAAGAUUGGGGACACAAAGCGAAACACUCCCAUUGAAGUUCUCUGUGAGAACUUUCCCGAGGAGAUGGCCACCUAUCUGCGCUAUGUCCGGCGGUUGGAUUUCUUUGAGAAGCCAGAUUACGAAUACUUGCGGACCUUGUUUACGGAGUUGUUUGAACGAAAAGGAUAUACCUUCGAUUACUCUUACGACUGGGUUGGCAGACAGAUUCCCACACCGGUGGGGUCGGUCCACGUGGACUCAGGGGCGUCUGCCGUCACGCGUGAGAGCCACGCACACAGAGACAGACCCUCCCAGCACCAGCCCUUAAGGAAUCAGACGGCCAUCUCCGACCGCAGAGGAGCAUGGGAGGUGCAGCCCAACCGGCAGACAAACUCGUCCUACCUGACCUCUCACCUGGCAGCGGACAGGCACGGGGGCUCAGUGCAGGUGGUGAGCUCGACUAAUGGUGAACUGAAUGCUGACGACCCGCUGGCGGCCCACUCGAACGCACCAAUCACAGCGCAGGCAGAGGUGGAGGUGGUGGAUGAGGCCAACUGCGUGAAAAUGCUCAACCUGUGGUGCUGCUGUUUCUUCAAGAGGAAGAGGAAGAAGAACACGCCACGGCACAAAUGAACCUCCGGCCUCACGGCGCAGUCUGUUCCUUUGGUUGUUUUUAGAGCGUUCAAAUAAAGAAAUUUUACAAGACGACAAC